ACACAUUUACUUCAUGUCAGUGCCUUUUGUAUUUGGCGGGAACCAGUCGGUGCUAUCGGUAAACGCUAUUGCUGCAACGGGCUUAUUCUGUGCCUUAGGACAGCCGCCCUGAUCCUAAACACGGGCCAAGAAGCAGGAAGAGACUGCAGCUGGUUUAAGACUUGUACAGAGUGAGCCCCAGUGUGGCCUCUUUGUCUGUUCUGUGACUGAUCAUGAAAGGAAUUGAAAUGAUCACUACAGCUGCUUCACUCUCUAAACUAAGGGCCUUCCUGGAGAUCAGCAUUAUGUAACUUUUACAACCAAGUUGAAGGAUUCACAUCAACAGAUGGGCUGCAAGCCUUCUGAAGACACAUAAUUACGAUAUCGUAUUGGCCUGCGUGACUUCAUGUGACCUACUACUGUGGAUGCACAGCACUUCUUCAAACACUAGAACAACUUUCCUCACAGUUUCUAUUUGUAUCUGCACUCUAUCCUGUCAUAACUUUGCACAACAUUCAUUACUUUUUCAAUGCAAAGUGCCUUAGCCAGUGAGAGCCGAAUGUCAACAGUACAGUGUUAUUCAUCUUUCAGCUUUGUAUCCAGUAUUUGCAGAAUGUCCACUGUUAGUCCUAUGCUGUGAUGUUAUUAUAAACCUGAGUUAAUGAAUAGCUACGGGGCUCUCUGUGGGUGGUGUUUGCUCUCCGACAUAAUAGAUGAUUUGUUUAAGAGGGAAACACCGUAAGGCAGAGAACAUAGAUGGCAGCUAAUUUAAAAGCCACAUCUAAACCAAGCUAAUGAACGUGGAUAUUGUUCAGGAGCUGAGUUGCUUGCCUCCUUUUUGCCAGCAGCUUGAGGCAAGGUGACCUAUCAGAAGAGAUGCUUGGAGGCGUUAUCUGACAGUCAGGCACACAGAGCGCGCGACUGUCGGAGACACCAAAACAUCUGGAUCACUCAGCCUGAAAUAAAAACUCAUCAAAGGAUUUGUGUCAUUUCACACGUAUCCUAAUUUUACUGGAAAGGGUCCAGAGCUGGUGUGAAGAAUGCGUCGCACCUUGGCUUGGAUCGGCUGGGCGCUGUGGCUGUGCGCAUCUUUGGCCGUGAGCGCACAGGACUACCCCGAGGACGACGAGAUGAUUCUGGAUCUAAUCCGUGAGGACGGGACUCAACCUGAAACCGGAGCCGAACCCGCUGCUGAGUUUCUCAGGUGCAACAAGGCGGCUUGGCGCAUGCCCGGUCAGUACCUGGUCAUGCUGCGCGAGGGAACGCACGAGUCUCACGUCCAGAGGACCAUCAGGAGACUGAGAGCCAAAGCAGCCAGGAGAGGCUACCUACUGGAGAUCCUGCAGACCUACUCUGGAGCUCUGCGCGGCUUCCUGGUCAAGAUGAGUAGCGACGUCCUUCACCUGGCGGUGAAACUCCCUCAUAUCCAUUACAUAGAAGAGGACUCAUCCAUCUUUGCUCAGAGCGCCCCCUGGAACCUCCAGAGGUUAUUGCAGCCUCACGGUGGUACCUCAGAGAAUGCAACAUACAGGCCACCCAAUGAUGGAGGGAUGGCGGAGGUGUAUCUGAUGGAUGGCAGUGUUCAGAGUUCUCACAGAGAGGUCGAAGGACGUGUGCUCAUCACAGACUUCAAUAACGUGCCUGAGGAGGAUGGAGUCCGAGUCCAUAGACAGGCCAGCCAGUGUGACAGUCACGGCACACACAUGGCUGGGGUUGUGAGCGGGUCAGACACAGGUGUUGCCCGAGGCGCUGGUGUUAACCUGGUCCGUGUGCUCAACUGUCAGGGGAAGGGAACUGUGUCAGGAGCUCUGGCAGGCAUGGAGUAUAUCCGAGCGACUUUACUGGCCCGUCCAGUGAAUGCAGUGGUCAUUCUGCUGCCUUUCGUCGGUGGCUUCAGCCGUUCAUUAAACGCAGCCUGUCGGGACAUGGUGGCUAACGGAGUGGUGGUCAUCGCAGCAGCGGGGAACUACAGAGAUGACGCCUGCCUCUACUCACCAGCUUCAGAGCCUGAGGUCAUCACAGUCGGGGCGGUAAACUCAGCUGACCAGCUCAUGUCACAGGGAGCAGGUGGCACCAACUUUGGCCGCUGUGUUGAUCUGUUUGCCCCCGGUGAUGACAUUGUUAGUGCGAGUAGUGACUGCAGCACCUGUUUUACCCCCCGAAGUGGAACCUCCCAGGCGGCUGCACACGCUGCUGGUAUAGCAGCAGUGAUCCUGUCAUCCAAUCAGAACACCUCACCUGUGCAGGUCCUGCAAAUGAUGCUCCGCUAUUCCAUCAGAAACACAAUCAACCUCCUCCCUCUGUCCGAAACACAUCAUCUCACUACUCCAAACCUGCUGGUAGCCAUGCCUCCUGCCAACAACACAACAACAAGUGGGGAGCUUCUGUGUCGGUCAGUGUGGUCAGAGAGGUCAGGGGUCACGAACAAGGACAAGGCCAUCAGUCGCUGUCGUCAGGGGGAGGAGAUGAUGGGCUGCAGCGGCUACGCUCCUGAUGGUGUACGCAUGGGAGAAACCAUUACUGUGAACAGCGGGCAGAUGGAGUGCGUUGCAUAUAAUGGGCCUGGGGGUAAAGGUGUGUACGCUGUGGCCCGUUGCUGUGUGAUGAGUGGUCUGCAGUGCCAGGUCCAUGCUAGUCCUGAGCCGGGGCGAGAUGCUGAGUGUGACGGCAUGCAGCACCACCUGUCUGGCUGUACAUCUCAGUCCACUGUUGAGAUCUUGUCAGACUCACGUCCACAUCAUGGUGAUCGGAGGCGGUGCGAGGUGAAAGAAGAGAUGACAUCACAUGCGGUGUGCUGCCAUGCCCCGUCUCUGGAGUGCAAGUUGCUGGAAAACAUAUCAGCUGAUAAAGAGCAGGUUGAGGUGUCCUGUCCCUCUGGCUGGGCUCUGACUGACUGCAACGCCGUCUCACAGGGCUCUGCUAUCUUGGGGCCAGUUGCUAGAGGCAACAGUUGCCAUGUCCGCACUGCUACAGGAGUGAACGGGGCAGCCGGCAUCGCUGUGUGCUGUCGCAUCAGACCGCCGGAGCAACCUGCCACAGCUCCUCGCUGAUCAUCUCAGUUUGAUGUCCAACAUCGUGGAAACAGCUCCGAUAUCUCUCUAAUGCAGUGUUGUCAUAUUUGUCGUUCAUCACCUUUAGACCUCUGAACACACCCUAAACCCCCAAAUACUCGUGUGUGACUAUGAGCACUUCUGUAAAGCUGUUUGUGGUUCAGUUUUAGGAUUAGGUCCAAAUCAGCUCCAGCACACACAUCUGUCUUCUUAGCUACUUCUAAAUCAUUUACCAUACACAGUUUGUAAAAUGUAACCAAAUAUUUUUGUAUCUUUUUAUGUAACAAUUAUAAAAAGUUUUCUUGAAUAUAUGAUUCAUUUAUUUAAACAAAUGUUAACAUACUGUCUGUGUGUUGUUUGUAUUCAAGUGAACAUCAGACUGGUCGCAAUAGUUUAAGACUGGUUUGGAAAGUAGGAUCUGAGAAUGUAUUUGUUAAGUAACACAAUGACAGAGUGGAUGAUUAUUGUUGUCAUGGUUUUCAUACACUUUCUGUAAUAAAACAUCUAAAAGCAAAUAUCUUAUCAGAUGGGGGACGGUGAAGUAAAAUCUUGUAAAAUGGGGGUCCAUGGUCUAAUUUGUACCAGUUUAAGGAUCUUUGUUGCAAAAAAGUUUCAGAACCACAGCUUUAAGACAUGAAUGCACUGUGUAUUUGACUCAGUUUUCAGUUUAGGAAAAUAGUCUGUUCCUAUGAAUGACAACCCAAACCUUGAAAAGGACGCAGCAGAUAAAAAGGAGGCAAGGACAGCUGACACAAUGAACACAAUCAAAGAGCGCAGUUCAUUCAAAUCAAAGCGAGAUGCACUGAAAUAUCUAACAGAGUACACACACACAAUUAAACACACAGAGGGUGGCUCAGUCAGCAGCAGGAACAGCUGCAGGUGAUCAGACUGAAUAGCAGUAUGAUUAAUGUGGCGGAUAUCUCUUGCUCACUUUGCAUUAGUCUAAAGAUGCAGACAAGUUUAACAGCAGACUUUGAGGCAAACCUUUUACUUGAGAUUAUGCUUGAAUAAAACACAUUUGUGUGUCCUGAGCAAUGAACUGCAUCAUGGGAGAGUCCAUAGUUCAUAGUUGAAAUAUAAUGGACUGAAAAGUGUGCCAUCAUGAAAACCAAGCACGCUCUUCACAUACAGUAUAUGGAUGACCGUACAGAUGACAGAUGCCUUAUAUUUUUGUCAAUAAGAACAAUAAGCCACGAGAUGAAGCUAGAGUAAUAUUAAUUGUUCAUCAUGUGGAGCUGACCUGCUCUGCCUCUCUGUGUAAAGGAUAACAUGGGAUGGGGUACGAGUGGAAAUCCUGCUGAAGUCAACAUAUAAAAAGGUACAAAUGAAAAUGAAGAUGCAGCAACAUAGAAUCAGGUACAUCUCUGGCCUGACUCAUGAAUAAUAUGACAAUCUGUAAAAUGUACAUGAAAAACAAUGUUUACAAAAGGUUGUGCAUUCCAGUUUAUUUUAUAUCAAAUUUCCCCUUAAUCAAACUCUGAUGUACAAAUUAAAACUGAGUUUUAACAUGCAUUACAGAAUCCUGUGAUGGCAGAAGUGAAUUUUCAAAAUUGAAUGACAGUAAAAACCCGUAUAGAUGCCAAUCCAUUACCCACGCACUUACCCAUCCCUCCCUGCAUCCCAGGAUUAAAACAAAAGAUUGUUUCGAAGUGUUUUUUUUUUCGCUUUUUCUUUAAAGUAGUUGUGAUGAUGUAGCAGAGGGGCAAACCUAGAGGAGACUCCCGGCUGAAUUAUCACUUGGCACAGACUGCAUGCAGCUCCAUCGGAUAGCACGUAACCAGCCACAGAGGAAGGGUGUGUGUUUGUGACAGUAAGUGCUAAUGACCAAAUUACACAGCAAACAACACAGGGGGCUGUUUUUUUUUUCUCCAUCACACAGAAAAGACAAACUUCACCACCACUUACUGCCACACAUGCAAACGUGCCAGAGAGCACAACGUGACAUUCACAUCUAGUGAGAUAGAGAGGAAAAUGGGCUUGGGGGGGGGGGGGGU